AUGGGCUCCAACAACGGAAGAACUACCAAGCUUGCUCUCGUACCACUCCCUAAAGGCUCUGUUCUCCUCCCCGGAGUUACCCUACGGAUCCCUGUCGCUAAUCGACCUGAUCUUUCCAAUCUUCUUUCGUCCCUGGUUGAUCGAUCAUCGGCCGUAAAGCGAGAGGGGAACGUGAUCACGUUCGGUUGCGUUCCCCUUAACUCGCCGUUCUUAAGUAAGGAUGGUCAACAUUUGAUUGACAACGGAACUUUGGAUGAAAGUAGGAGAGAAGAGUUUGAUGCCAUUGAUGCAGGCCAGGCAAGGAAGGAAGAUCUCUUCCGUUAUGGCACAAUCGGCAAAGUUAUUGGCGUCCAACGCCGUGCCUACUCAGAGGCGUCCCUUGUGGUUCAGGGAAUCCAGCGAUUCACAGUAAAACGCAUCCUGAAGGAAAGGCCUUAUUUUGAAGCAGAAGCCAUUUUACAUGACGAGAAAGACUAUGUGUCUAAUGAUCCGGAAACCGUUGAGCUAUUCCAGCAGUUGAGGCGACUCUCCCGGGAGCUACUGACCCUAUUACGACUUUCCUCGCUGUUACCUUCUUCUUCAACACGUUUAUCGCCACUCAUUGCCCGCAAGUUCGAGCUGUUCAUUUCGAAAACAGAUUUGACACAGGCCGGGAGGUUAGCUGAUUUUAUGGCUGAUAUUGCUGAAUCUGGAAUCGAAGACAAGCUGCGGGUCUUAGCUUCGCUGGACCAUAAAUCCAGACUUGAAAGAGUGGUUGAAAUGCUUAAUAGACAAGUUCAAAGUAUCAAGAGCAAUGUUAAAGUCACCACCAUCACCACGAAUAGCUUCCCUUCAUUUGACGUCAACCAGAUCGAUCCUCGUGAUCGCGAGCUUCUUGCGAGACGGGCUAUGGCUGGUCUUACUGGGCUGACACCCCCAGGCGUCGCAGGCGGAAGAAAUAACGACGGCGACGACAAAGAGGCAAACGAGGUUGAUGAGCUUCAACAAAAGCUACAAGAGGCCCAGCUUAGCCCCGAGGCUCGAAAGGUGGCCGAUAAGGAGUUGCGUCGCCUUCGGAAGAUGAACCCGGCCAAUGCCGAAUACGGUGUUUGCCGGACGUAUCUCGAGAACAUCUUGGAAAUCCCAUGGACCAAGGUCACUGAAGACCAACUCGGUCCCGACACUUUGAAAAGAGCCAGGCAACAACUUGAUGACGACCACUACGGUCUCGAAAAGAUUAAGAAGCGGCUUCUUGAGUAUUUGGCCGUUCUUAGACUGAAGCAGUCCACGAACCAGAACGUCGAACAUCAAAUUGCCGCCCUCUCUAAGGACCUUGAUAGUUCUUCCGAUGCAGGCGAUAUUGAGAAGGACCUCCCAGGCCUGUCUGAGGCAGAUCGUGUUGCUGUCGAAUCUAAGCUCCAUCUUCUGAAGUCGAAGCGCAUGACUGACAAGUCUCCGAUUCUGCUGCUUGCUGGGCCUCCCGGAACUGGUAAGACUAGUCUAGCGAGGUCUGUGGCCACUUCUCUUGGACGUAAAUUUCACCGUAUUUCUCUCGGUGGCGUUAGAGACGAGGCGGAGAUUCGGGGUCACCGCAGGACAUAUGUUGCCGCAAUGCCAGGUCUAAUUGUCAAUGGCCUCAAGAAAGUUGGCGUUGCGAACCCGGUCUUCUUGCUCGACGAGAUUGAUAAGGUCGGCGGCGCCAAUUUUCAGGGAGAUCCUUCUGCGGCUAUGCUCGAGGUUUUAGACCCCGAACAGAACCAUACAUUCACAGACCACUACAUCAAUAUCCCAAUCGACUUGAGCAAGGUUCUUUUCAUUGCUACUGCUAACUCGCUUGAUACUAUUCCUCCACCUUUGCUUGAUCGUAUGGAGACGAUCUCGUUGUCUGGUUACACUACCGUCGAGAAACGGCAUAUUGCAAAGAGGCACCUGAUUCCAAAGCAGAUUGAAACCAAUGGGCUCUCAGAAGGUCAAGUCAUCCUUUCUGAUGAGGUUAUUGACAAAACAAUUACUUCAUACACCCGAGAGUCUGGCGUCCGUAACCUAGAGCGCGAGCUCGGCUCAAUUUGCCGUUAUAAAGCAGUCCAGUAUGCCGAUGCGGGAGAUGCAGGUCAUCCGGAAACUUACAAUCCCAUUGUUACAAUGGAUGACCUGGAGGAGAUACUUGGUAUCGAGCGAUUCGAAGAAGAGAUCGCUGAGAAGCAUGGGCGUCCGGGAGUUGUUACCGGUCUUGUCGCUUACUCUACAGGAGGACAGGGUAGUAUUCUGUUCAUCGAAGUUGCAGACAUGCCAGGAAAUGGUCGCGUACAACUUACCGGCAAGCUGGGUGACGUCUUGAAAGAGAGUGUUGAGGUGGCCUUGACAUGGGUCAAAGCUCAUUCUUACGAGCUGGGGCUGACUCCGGAUCCCAGCGAAGAUAUCAUGAAGAGCCGCAGUUUGCACGUUCAUUGUCCUUCCGGAGCCAUUCCCAAGGACGGCCCCUCCGCUGGACUUGCACAUACUAUUGGACUGAUCUCACUGUUCUCGAACAAGGCUGUACCCCCCAAGCUUGCAAUGACUGGAGAGGUAUCUCUCCGUGGAAGAGUGAUGCCUGUUGGGGGUAUCAAGGAGAAGCUCAUUGGGGCACUCCGUGCUGGUGUCAAGACCGUUCUCUUGCCUUAUCAGAACCGCAAGGAUGUCAAGGACGUUCCUCAAGAGGUCAGCGAUGGUCUCGAGAUCAUCUAUGUCAGCCAUAUCUGGGAAGCCAUCCGACAAGUAUGGCCCGAUGCACACUGGCCUGGUCAGCAUCAUGAGAACUUUGUCGAGAGCCGACUAUAG